UAGUUGGUGGUAGUCGGUCCAAGGAAGUCGAUGCCUAUAAAUUCAAAAGGCUUUGCUGGUCGAACACGCAUAGGCGGCAGUUGAGGCAUUAAUGGACGGACAAAUGGUGGUGCAUGUUGUCGGCGGCAUUGAAGGCAUUUGUGAAGAAUUCCUCUGAUGGUUCGACGAGAUUGAGGCAUCCAGUAUCGGCUGAGGAAUUCUGUCAUUGUCCAAUCGACGCCAGCAUGUUUGAGGUCGACGUGUAUUUCUUCCACCAAUAGUCGAGUUAAUGGCGAAUGUCGAUCAAGGAGGAUUGGCAGUGCCAUUGUUUCGGGGCCAUUGCAGAAGUUGACGCGGGUUUUCAAACAUAAAAGUCCAUCGCUGUUAAUUGCCGUGGGGUGUGUUGUAUAGCUUUCCAAUAGACGUUUCUGUUCUUGUCGUAUGAUGAAGAUUCGUGCUGCUCGGUAAUCGUCGACAGUCAUAGGUCCCUGGCGUGAGACUUUAGAAGUUCCAAUGUUGAGAACAUUCGGUCGAUGUCGUCCCAUGAAGCGGAUAAUCCAGAUUACCACUCGAAGAAGAGUGAAGAUGGAGCUAAACCUUCCAGGGUCUAUUGUCGGCGGCUCUGGUUCUUUAGUCGAGAAUGCUAUUGUGUCGGUUUUGUCUGUGAUGGUAUUGUCUUCUGCUUGUUUGUCAAUGUUGAAAGAUAAUUCGUCGGGCCAGUCGUCGGAUGGUCGAACGAUCCAUUCUGGGCCAUUCCACCAAAGAGUCGACUGUUGUAGUUCCAUAGGUGUUGAACCACGUGUCGCGAUGUCGGCGGAAUUUUGGUCGGUUCUGACGAAAUGAAAAGUUCCUUUGGCGCCAUCUCGAAUUUCUGUUAGUCGUCGUUGCUCAAAUUGAGGUUUUGGUUCGACGGAUUGAAUCCAAGCCAGAACAAUGCGUG